UGAUCACACUUGCCGGCGCGCGGUCGCGCUUAUAUUCCGCCACCGAAUUGCCGUACACACGGUUCACGCGCGAGGCUGUGUGUUGGUGUCGUUGCGGCGGAUUCGGAGCGGCGAAAAGUACGAAAAUCCUGCCGUGCAUAAGCAGGAAGACCCUCCGUCCGCGUGCAUUCACGCCUCAGUCAUUGCGGGACAAUCCGAAAACGAGGGGACAAGUGCAAGCAGAAAAAUGUCAAACGUAGGUAAUUUGGAGCAACAAAUCGCGAACUUGCAACUCAACCAUGGCGAUGACGCGGCCAAGACUGUCAAACCCGGCAAGAAGGUCGGGCCUGCGGUGCCGCCCAAGCCUAAAAGAUCCCAAUCUCAGAUACCGCAAAGUUACACCAUCAAGACCCCACCUACACCGUCGUACAGCACAGUUUUGAACAACGCAGGCUCCAAUGAGAAGACUACUAAUUUGUACAUGAAUACACCGUCACCGUAUGCUCCACUGGAUAUACAGAAUGAUUUUUCGCAAAUGGUACCCGCAAACGGCAAAGAGGCGUCGAAACUCUAUCAGAACAAUGACAGCUUCUACGCAUGUCAGUCUGAUGAGAAGUUCGAGCCGAAGUACAGAUACGAUGAGAAGAACUAUUACUCCAAUAUCGGGAACAUGCCAGCCCCUCAAGUACCCAUGGCGGAUGAUCGCGCGAGUAGAGCAACCAGGAACGCAGUGUACAGCAACAUCGAGCCGCCGGUGCCGAUCCCGGUUCCCGCGCCGAUAAAAACCGAGAAAGACAUUAUAUACAGCAACAUUCAGUGGAGCCCUAAACCAGAGAACACAUAUUGCAACGUUCCUCCGCACGGCGGUGAUGACUUGCCGCCACCACCAGAGCCGUCGGAAUACGUUCCAUGCGUACCGGGCAAUUCAUUUCCACCGCCGCCGGAGGAGCUACCUCCGCCGCCAAGUCCCGUGUCGUCUAGUUAUAGCGAGUUGAGACGCGCCACUUACCAAACCGACUACUCGUCGAGUAACUAUCCCGCUGACAUUUACGGACCAAGUUCUCAGUCGAGCUCGACAUACGAGUCCAUAUACGAGCCGAUUAAUCCCAGACCGCCGUCGCAAUUGUCCUGCAACUACUCGAUGUACUCCGGCUACGGAUCGGCCACGUCCACUCAACCGCAGGGAAAAGUGUCCCCCGUAAAAGAAGUCGACGUCCUCACGGAUCUAUUGGUUCAAGGGAUGGCGGAUAGCAGCGAAGACAGUGACAUUUACGGUAUUUGCGCUCAGUGCGGGCGCAAGGUCGAGGGAGAGGGCACCGGAUGCUCGGCGAUGGACAAGGUUUUCCACAUAAGUUGCUUCUGCUGCUUCGUGUGCAAGGUUAAUCUACAAGGAAAGCCCUUCUAUUCGUUGGAGGGCAAGCCUUACUGCGAAGAAAAUUAUCUCAACACCCUGGAAAAGUGUUGCGUCUGUAUCAGACCGAUAUUAGACAGAAUAUUGAGAGCCACCGGCAAACCAUAUCAUCCCUCGUGCUUCACCUGCGUCGUUUGCGGCCAGAGUUUAGACGGUAUACCGUUCACCGUAGACGCUACGAAUCAAAUACAUUGCAUUCAGUGUUUCCACAAGAAAUUCGCGCCUCGCUGCUGCGUCUGCAAGUUACCGAUAAUGCCUGAACCCGGUGAGGACGAGACCGUGCGAGUGGUGGCAUUGGAUCGCAGUUUCCAUAUACAGUGUUACAAAUGCGAAGAUUGUGGAUUGGUAUUGUCUUCAGACUUGGAAGGACGAGGUUGCUACCCGUUGGACGAUCAUGUAUUGUGCAAGAGUUGUAACGCAACGCGAGUCCAGGCCUUAACAUCUCACAUGACGACCGAAUUGUAAGAUGUCGCGUACGCGAGACAAAAUAUCAUUCGGUUGCUGAUACUUGUCGAAGAUGAAGGGGAAAACUAGCACGAAUGAAAUAUCGGACAAAGUAUCAUUGUGAUUAACUGUAUGUAUGUAGUGAUAUAUUGAUACUGCUCUCAGAGUAUUGCGGUAUUGCAGUUUUCUUUUUCAUAUAUGGAUUUCCCAUUCCGCUAUUGCUACCGCUAUUAUACACAAGUUCGCAGUAUUUCUCCAUAUUCAGAGGGAUGUUUACCUACUAUAUUAGCAUGAAAGAUCAUUUUUUACAAUAUUAUAGAUAUUAGUCAGAAUUUACAGAAAUAACUCUUGCCACAUUUGGAUUUCUUUACAAUAUAACACGAAAACGAAGAAGAAUUAUUACAGACUUUGUACUUGAUUUAUAUGAAUCUUAUACGACGUAAAGUCGACGCGUUGAAAUUCCGUCACACUGCCAUAAUCGAAGCAUUGCCAUUACGUUACGGGAUAUAACGGACGUAACAUGUCAAUGACAAUGAAUUAGAAGCAACGUAGAUUAAUUUCGACGUCCGACGAUAAUUUUCCUGCAGAUGAUGUGAUUAUCAUUGUGAUUCUAGUAAAGUAUUU